GCAUGUGCGUGCGUUCGUGCGAGUGCUUCCGGAUUGCCUGUUUUCCCGCGUGAGGGAGGUUGUGGGGCUCGUCAUGCCGUGGUCAGAGAUGGCUAUCAGGCCUCACGGGCCCCUCGGGAAGGAGGACGCCAUUACAGGAGCCGAGAGCGACAGGGAGGAGAAGGAGGAGGAAAGUAAUCAAAAAGAACAUCUCGCCAGCAGUGCCAUUGAGAAAACGAUGUCAGGUCAAAAAGAUACACUGAUAGGAGAAUCCCAGGAUGAAGAUAGUGGCAGUCCAUUCCCCGCAGCAGCACAAUCCAGGGGUCCUGAAGGAACCACCAAAUAUUUUGGAAAUUGCCCCGUAGUGAAGGAAGAACCUGAAGAAGCCCCCGCCCAGCAAUGGGAAACGCAGUGGCAGGAGUACCUGAGUUCAGUGGAUGAUUCUGCUUCCCUGCCAGAAGCUCCCCACUUUCCACAGGAGCCGGCCCCUUGGGAUGACACGCCAGCCUUCCUGGCCUCCUUUGAACAAGUGGCCAAAGCCUACCAGUGGCCCGAGGAGGAGUGGGCGGGCCGCCUCCUCCCGACUCUCAAGGGGGAAGCCGAACUGGCUUUCAGCAGCCUGGAGGAUGAAGAAAGAGAGGAUUAUUGGAAAGUGAAGGCAGCCAUCCUGAGAGGAGACACCCUGAACCAAGAGAAGAGCCGCCAGUGCUUCCGGCGUUUCUGCUACCAGCAAGCGGACGGGCCAAGGGGCACUUACAACCAACUCCAGGAAUUUUGCCGACAGUGGCUGAAGGCCGAGAGAAACUCCAAGGAGCAGAUCCUGGAGCUGCUGAUCCUGGAGCAGUUCCUGACAGUUCUUCCUGCAGAAAUCCAGGGCUGGGUCAAGAAGCAUCACCUGGAGAGCGGCGCCCAGGCCGUUUCCCUGGCAGAGGAUUUCCUGCUCCAGCAAGGGUUGCCUCUGGUGAAGGAGGAACGGACAAUUGAGUCCCAAGGGGAAGGAUCUGUGAUUUUGUCAGAGCUGGAGGAAAGCCUGUCGGAUGCUGGGCCAAGGCCACAGCUGUGCAGGGUAUCUGAAAUGGAGGAAGACACAGACUUCUCUGAUACUGACUUGUUGGCAGAUGGUGAGGAUGAGGAGAAUCACCUACAAGAAUACCCUGAACACCGGAGAACCCACUCGGGAGAGCACCCAUAUCGAUGUUCUGAUUGUGGGGAAGGUUUCUUAUCAAGACUCUCACUGGAGGCACACCAGAGGGUGCAUAUGGGACAGAAAGCGUCUUUGUCUCCUCCCGAAGUGACAGUUUAUAUUUGUGGCGAGUGUGGGGAAACCUUCAACAGUACUUUGGAUCUUAACGCACAUGAGAGAAUCCAUGCAGGACAGAAGUCUUGCACGUGUAAAGAGUGUGGGGAAAGUUUCUCCCAGAUGUUGGACCUGAGGGAACAUCAGAGAACCCAUAGUGGCUUCAAAACGUCUGGCUCUGGAGAGAAUAACUUGUGGGCUUCAUCUCAUAAAAACCACAGAGAUAUCCAUAGCGGAAAUACUAACACUCUGACUUUACGUGAAGAAACCCGAACAAAGAAGAAAACCCUUUCGUGCCCAAGGUGUGGGGAAGUCUGUACUUGCACAUGGAAGCUUAGAUGGCAACUAAAAAAUAAAUCCAGUUUGAAUGUGAGCCGCACACGAAGGAAUUCCUACAAGUGCUCCAAGUGUCAGAAAUGUUUUGCCAGUGAGAUCACCCUAAGCAUACAUCAGUGCAUCUAUAUUGGGGAGAAAAGGAAGCAAUUGAACACUCCUCUGCGAAGGGAGAUUGUGCCAAAGAGGAAGGACUUUGCCAACCAGAGCCUCCGCAAAGAGAAACCUUACCGGUGCACUGACUGUGGGGAGAGUUUCCUGUGGGCAGUGUCUCUUAAAAGGCAUAGAAAAAAGGCCCACAAAGGGAAGAAAUCGGUUCCUGUUUUAGAAAAGGUGCCUGGUAUCCAGGGGAAGCGCUACGCAUGUCAAGAGUGUGGAGAAAGUUUUGAACGCCAGGGGCUUCUCAAAAUCCAUCAAUGUGUUCGUGCUAAAAAGAAACCUUAUUCGUGUGCUAUCUGUGGGGAUCGUUUCCAGUGGGGUGUAUCCCUCUACAGGCACAGAAAGGAGGUCCACAAAUGGAAAACAUUUCCCCAGCAUUUGCAAACGGUACCGGGUAGGAAGGAAAAAAUCCACACGUGCAAAAAGUGCGGGAAGAACUUUAAUCGACCCUGGCGCCUCAUGGCCCAUCGGUGCAACCCUGUGGCAGAGAAUCCCCACCCCUCUCCAGAGCACGGACAGACCCUCCCACAAAAUAUAUCUGGUGCUGGAACGAAAUGUUUUUCAUGUCCGGUGUGUAAGAAGAAGUUUGCCAGAGAAAAUCACCUAAACGCACACCAGCACAUCCACACGGGAGAGGAGCCCUACCAGUGCGGCAGCUGCGGAGAGCGUUUCAUGUGGAGGCCCUCUUUUUACAGCCAUAGGAGGAAGGUGCAUAAAGGAAUUGCGCGUCUUACAAGAGCGACGCCAUGUGUGAAGGGGAAGUGCACUGUCUGUGGGAAGAGUUCCAUGUGGGAGGCCACUUUUGAAAAACUCACAAAGAACCACAGGAGAGAGAAUCCAACCUUCAGUCAUAAGAAAAAGGGAACAAGACUCCAAGGUGACCCGAAUACGUGUAAAGUGUGUGGGAAAACCUUUAGUGACCGAUCCUAUGUAGCAAAACAUCAGCGCAUCCACACUGGAAAUCAACCCUAUCAGUGCUCAGACUGUGAGCUAACCUUCAGGUGGCGUACAUCUUUUAUAAACCACAGAAAGAUUCACAAACAUCAUAAGCCAAGCAAGUUAAUUCAGAAAUUAUCUGGCACGGAAAAGACAUCAAUGAAAUCUUAUAAAUGCUCGCACUGUGGAGAAAGUUUCUUGGGGCUCGCAGCUCUCGACUUGCAUCAAAUGACGGACCAUAUCGGAAAGAAACUGGUCCCUCUUUUGGAAAGGAUCCCCAAUACACAGUACGUGAUGGCUUUUAAAACUGGCAAAAGGAGCCAUAAGCAGACGGAAGGACUAAUGCAGAAACCCACUCAAAAGGACAGCAAAAGCUACGCCUGUAGCCAGUGUGGGAAAAGCUUUGCGUAUCCGUCAAGCCUUUGGAGGCACCAGUAUGUCCAUCUUCCGGUGAAGCUGUUUCAAUGCCACCUGUGUGGGAAGAAGUUCAUGCUCAAGGAAUACCUUGCAAAACACAUGAAGCGCCAUGCUGGCCUCCAGUAGAUCUGGUUAAGUCACAAAGAGCAGCGCGUGCCCAACAUAGGCCAGCAUAAUGGGCACGUGAAAAAUUGCAUCAUUAUGGCUCGUGGAAGGGAUCGCUGGGAACAAUUUUGGCAUUGAUGGCUAUGGGGAAACCCAGAGAAAUCUCCAUAUGCAGCUCAGGAAUCAAAAAAAUUGAGAUCUCAGGAGAGGAAGCUAUCAUUGGACUCCAGAGCGGGAAAUAAAUGUAGAUGUUGUUUCAGAAAAUGUGUAUAAUGUAGGGGGAGAUUCAAAGAGUUGUUCAUACUUGGCCUCAAGACAAAGACAAGGAAAGGAAUCCCAGUGCUAGGCAGACCCUAAACAAGUUAACUUGAAUAUUAUUAAUUGACAAUAUGCUUUUCAUCGAAUAUUUGUCCCCAAAUAUACCUCCAAUGCCUUUUACAGGUGUGAGGAAAUUUUGUGAUGUUAUACUCUCAUUCAUAGAAUCAUAGAAUUGGAAGAGACCUCAUGAGCCAUCCAGUCCAACCCCAUUCUGCCAAGAAGCAGGAAAGUCACAUUCAAAGCACCCCUGACAGAUGGCCAUCCAGCCUCUGUUUAAAAGCCUCUACCACAGUCCGGGGCAGAGAGUUCCCCUGCUGAACAGCUCUCAGUGAGGAAGUUCUUCCUCAUGUUCAGGUGGAAUCUCCUUUCCUUUAGCUUGAAGCUGUAGUUCUGUGUCCUAGUCUCCAGGGCAGCAGAAAACAAGCUUGCUCCCUCCUCCCUAUGACUUCCCUUCACAUAUUUAUACAUGUACCUCAUUAUACUCCUCUCAGCCUUCUCUUCUGCAGGCUAAAUAUGCCCAGCUCUUUAAGCCACUCCUCAUAGGGCUUGUUCUCCAAACCCUUGAUCAUUUUAGUCGCCUCCCUCUGGACACAUUCCAGCUUGUCAACAUCUCCCUUCAAUCACGGUGUCCAGAAUUGGACACUGUGAUUCCAGGUAUCACAUUUUUGGCUCAUGUUUAAUUUGUCCAUGAGGACUCUCACACAUAUUGCCAUCAAACCAGACAUCCCUCAUUCUGUAUCUUUGAAUUUCAUUUUUUCUGCCUAAGUGGAGUAUCUUGCAUUUGUCCCUGUUGAACUUCAUUUUGUUAGUUUCAGCCCAUCUCUCUAAUCUGUUAAUAUCAUUCUGAAUUCUGCUCCUGUCAUCUGAAGUAUUAGCUCUCCCUCCCAAUUUGGUCCUGUCUGCAAACUUGAUGAUCAUGCCUUCUAGCCCUUCAUUUAAGUCAUUAAUAAAGAUAUUGAACAGAACCGGGCCCAGGACAGAACCUGCUUAUGGCACUCCACUCAUCACUUAUUUCCAGAAUGAAGAGGAAGCAUUGGUGAGAAUCACCCUCUGGGGUUCGUUCUCUUCACCAAUUCCUUUUUUUUUUCUUUACUAACAAGAAGUGAUUUGGAAAUUGACCUGACAAUUUCCUGGUGGAAAAUGGCCUCCAAAGGGCCUGAAACAUUAUUAAAUAUCACCCCAUAUCCCUGAGUCAAAUAUUGGCUUGCAUUUGGUGGAAAUAAAAUACUAUUGUACCUGAAGGCCAAGGCAGCCCACCUCAUUUAGAAAACACUGGAUUGGAUCCAAAUAUAGGUGCCUCCAUCUCAGCUGGUAGAGGCAGAUUUCUCCUUUCCUAUAUUUCUUCCAACAAUAGAUCUGCCGUUCCCUAUAAAUGGAAUAGGGGACAUUUUUGGCAUGAGUAUGAAACUCAAGACAGGUUUUUUGCAGGGAAAAUAUAUGUAAUGUGCUGUACUACUUUGAAAAGUUGUAUGAUGCCAUUUUAGAGAGUGAGAUGUAGGAUUAUAUGUAUCUGUAACCCCGGGAGACAAUAAUUGCAAGCCCCUUUCUAUGUGUCAUUUUCUAUAUUUCACUCGAUUUUGUUAUUCUUUCCUUCUUUUAUAUAUUUUUUAAUGGUUGUAACAUUUAUCGUUUUUGAGAAGUUCUCAAUAAAAACCAUUUGUUUGUUUUUUAAA